AUGUCGGAACAAACGUACGUAAACGUGACCGGCAACAAGGCAGAGAUCUCCUUCGGAGAAAAAUGGACAGGCCUGAAUCUCAGGAUCAAAACAAAUUCCAAGGUCGUCCAACGUGUCGAGGUCAAGGCCGGGGAGGAGUCAUUCGAGGCCACUGGCUCCGGCGAAGGCAACAACAUGAUCCUCCAGCGCAAAUUUGAUUCCCUUCAAAAAGCCGUCGCCACUUUCACGUAUGAGUCUGACGGCUCAUUCAAGCCCUCUAAACUGAGAUCAGGAGGCCCUUACGAUAUCGGCACGUACCGCCUGCUGGUGGUUGUUGCCGAGAACGGAGACGAUGCGGAUUUCAACGACAUCGUUUUCGAGUUCUCGGGCCAUGGGCAGAAGUAG